AGGAGAGUCAGGCGCGAGCCGCUUCCAGGAUCCGAGAUCCGGAGAUCCGGAGAAGCCGCAGUCAGAGCGGUUCCUCAAGAGUUAUUGAUCUAUGAAAUGGCAGAGAAUGGAAAAAAUUGUGACCAGAGACGUGUAGCAAUGAACAAGGAACAAUAUAAUGGAAACUUCACAGAUCCCUCUUCAGUGAAUGAAAAGAAGAGGAGGGAUCGGGAAGAAAGGCAGAAUAUUGUCCUAUGGAGACAGCCACUUGUUACCUUGCAGUAUUUUUCUCUGGAAAUCCUAGUAAUCUUGAAGGAAUGGACCUCAAGAUUAUGGCAUCGUCAAAGCAUUGUGGUGUCUUUUUUACUGCUGCUUGCUGUGCUUAUAGCUACGUAUUAUGUUGAAGGAGCACAUCAACAGUAUGUGCAACGUAUAGAGAAACAGUUUCUUUUGUAUGCCUACUGGAUAGGCUUAGGAAUUUUGUCUUCUGUUGGGCUUGGAACAGGGCUGCACACCUUUCUGCUUUAUCUGGGUCCACAUAUAGCUUCAGUUACAUUAGCUGCUUAUGAAUGCAAUUCAGUUAAUUUCCCUGAACCACCCUAUCCUGAUCAGAUUAUCUGUCCAGAUGAAGAGGGCACUGAAGGAACCAUUUCUUUAUGGAGCAUCAUCUCAAAAGUUAGGAUUGAGGCCUGCAUGUGGGGUAUCGGUACAGCGAUCGGAGAGCUGCCUCCAUAUUUCAUGGCCAGGGCAGCUCGCCUCUCAGGUGCUGAACCAGAUGAUGAAGACUAUCAGGAAUUUGAAGAGAUGCUGGAAUAUGCAGAGGCUGCACAAGACUUCGCCUCCAGGGCUAAACUGGCAGUUCAAAACCUAGUACAGAAGGUUGGAUUUUUUGGAAUUUUGGCCUGUGCUUCAAUUCCAAAUCCUCUGUUUGAUCUGGCUGGAAUAACAUGUGGACACUUUCUUGUACCUUUUUGGACUUUCUUUGGUGCAACCCUGAUUGGAAAAGCAAUAAUUAAAAUGCAUAUCCAGAAAAUCUUUGUUAUCAUAACAUUCAGCAAACACAUAGUGGAGCAGAUGGUGGCUUUCAUUGGGGGACAUGAUUCGAGCCCCGGU